CAUGGCUGGACUCAAUGCGAAAACCAGGAAGUGACUUUUUUCUGCUCCCCGGCUCGAAAGAUGGAGCAAACUACAAGCCUUACCCCUCAAAAAACAUUUACAUGCCAGUUGUGUGAUUUAAGUAGCCCCUUUACUUACUACGGCCAGAAACCACCAAACACCAGAGCCAUUGUGCUGCUCGAGGAGUGUUUUGUAACCCAGGACCCCUUCAGUCCGGACAAGGAAAAGUUCCUUGUUCUGGGCUCUACCUGCAGCCUGUGCAGCACAUGUGUUUGUGUUGGACCGGACUGCAGUCUUUUCUACACCAAGAGGUUCUGCAUGCAGUGUGUGAACAAGCACUUGAAACAGUUCCCACUUCAGAUCCAGGCUGAGCUGGCCAAGAAGAAGCCGAGCUCCAAGUCUGUCGUCUCGUGACAUCGGACGAGAAGAGGUCCAUAACAUGAGAAACGUUUGGUCAUUUAAAGAGUCCCAAAUGUGCCACGCUGCUUUACCAGAACUCUUCAUCAAACCCAUACUGAACUAAACUGCAAAAACGGCAUAUGAAAAAUGUAUUGCCAUUGAUUUUAUUUUGGUGGAAAAUUAACACCACACAUCAGAACAACACGAGAUCAUGCUUUUGUCCAGUCUUCAGGGUGUUAUUUAUUUGUUUCUAGAGAGUUUUAUAGAAGCAGCAAAUGAAAAAGGCUCUGAAUACAACUCUGUUUUCAUGUACGUGCACAGUUGCCCAACAGUAGCUCCGAAUUUCCUGUUAAACAAACCCCCCCCCCCCCCCCCCAAAACUGUUCAUUGCUAAUAUCUGAUCCCGUAUGUCUAGGAUGUUCAAUUUGGCCCAUCGCUUGUUCAGCCCGAUUCAGCACUAUUUUUAACACCACUAUUACAACUCAAGAUGUGGAAGUAAUAACAUUUUCCAAGACGGGUUGCUGGGCAGAUUAAAAACAUUAAUUUCUCCACUGCUCUUGCAAAGUGAAAAAUUAAUAAGUCACCUACAAUUUAUCUUUGUACCUGAUGAAUAAUGCCUGUUGUGCAAUAUUUUAACACCUUUUUUACGAGGAAAAAAAACGUUUAUUAUUUUUCAGCAACACAUGAAAACAUUCACAUUUACAGGACUAGUUAUCUAACUAAAGACAUCCUUUUUUAUGAGUGCAUCGCUGUUAUCACUCUCAUCUCUGCAGACGGUGCACUGCUAACUUCUGUGAAGUCAAAACAUCGUUUUUCUGUGUAAUCAAACUAUAAAAAAUAAUUACGCCGUGA